UUCAUAAGAGAGGACGGAAGAGGUAUAAUUUUGUCUAUAGGAUUGGAAAGAUAUGUACAAUUCCAAUUUGUUUGCUCUUAAAUUGAAUACAAAAAUGGAUGCAACUCAAAAUGUAACUCGACGCCCAUCAUAGCGCUUACCGUCGCAAUCGCUAUCAUCUAUAAUUCUUUCGACAGAGACAAAAUCAAAAUAUAAAAUGGCAGUUAAAUCUGGGAGGAAGAUGAAACCAGCACCAGCACCAGCACCCGCCAAUUUUUUGAAAAAUCCAAAAAUAGCCUUUGCUUCAGCUUUAAUUUUCAUGGAUGCCAUCCUCGUCGCCCUUAUCAUCGCCUUUGUUCCUUAUACAAAGAUUGAUUGGGACGCUUAUAUGUCACAGGUGACAGGGUUUCUUGAAGGAGAAAGAGACUACAGUAACUUGAAAGGGGAUACAGGUCCGUUAGUAUACCCGGCUGGCUUUCUCUACGUCUAUUCCGCUAUUCAAUAUGUUACUGGAGGAGAGGUCUAUCCUGCUCAGAUCUUAUUUGGCAUGUUAUACAUUAUCAAUCUUGCAAUCAUCUUGUUUAUCUAUGUGAAGACUGAUGCGCUUCCAUGGUGGGCUCUUGUCUUGCUUUGUCUCUCAAAAAGAGUGCAUUCAAUUUUUGUACUGCGUCUUUUUAAUGACUGUUUCGCAAUGACUCUUCUCCAUGCUGCCUUGGCCUUACUUCUUUACCAUAAGUGGCAUCUUGGGCUGAUUCUUUUCAGUGGGGCUGUUUCCAUAAAGAUGAAUGUGCUUCUUUAUGCUCCCUCUUUAUUGCUCCUUUUGUUGAAGGCUAUGGAUAUUACUGGGGUGAUUUUGGCCUUAGCUGGUGCAGCACUAGUGCAGAUUUUGUUGGGGCUACCCUUUUUACUCUCCUAUCCCAUUGCAUAUAUAUCAGGAGCAUUCAACCUUGGGCGCGUCUUCAUCCACUUUUGGUCUGUUAACUUUAAGUUCGUUCCAGAACCUGUUUUUGUAUCAAAGCAAUUUGCUAUUUCCUUGUUGCUUGCUCACCUUGGAUUGCUUGCAGCUUUUGCCCAUUUUAAAUGGUGCAAGCAUGAAGGAGGACUUUUGAACUUUUUGCACUCGAGAGUUGGAUUGAUAUACCGGUCAUCUGCUUUAACACGUAGCAGCAGUUCAGUCUCUAAGAUUCUCAAGGAACAACACAUUUUGACAAUUAUGUUUACCGGGAACUUCAUUGGAAUUUUAUGCGCUCGCUCACUCCAUUAUCAGUUCUACUCAUGGUACUUCUAUAGCUUGCCCUAUCUAUUGUGGAGAACCUCGUUCCCUACAUUGCUACGUUUGGUUGUGUUUGUAGGAGUGGAGUUUUGCUGGAAUGUUUAUCCAUCCAACAUUUAUUCAUCUGCAGUGCUUCUGUGUCUCCAUUUAGUUAUUCUCUGGGGUUUAUGGUCAGCUCCAUCUGAAUAUCCGUAUGCCGAGCAUGAACUUUCGACCACGCGGAAAGAGCGGUGAAGAGCCUUUUUUUUAUGGUUUUCCUUUUGAAAAAUUCCUUGCUCUUUCAAUUGUUGAAUUUUGUUUAAGUGUAUUUACACAAAUGAUAGAAAUGUAAUUUUAUUUCUAUUCUGAUUUUUUU